UUUUCAUAGCUAUGCUCAUGAGGAUCCAUCCAAUUUUUUACAAGAAUUUACAUCAUAUGUUGUGUUACAUGGACUGGAAGGGAGGGAUGCCCAGAUUGUAGCUGGCUUUCACCUACAGGUAUGGGGGCCCGGCACUCGCGUGGUUCGUUACAUGGGGACGAGCUCGAGUGAGACAGGCCUUCGUGGUGCACAGCAGUAUUUGUCAACAGAUCCCAGUCUCGCAGACAGUGAACUUUUUAACACCCUUGUGUUUCAAGGUAGAACAGCCCGUAGAUGACUUUCAUUAAAUAUUGGUGCAAAAAGACAGGAGAGGAGAAUAUUACCUUGUGAACUCGGACCCUUCUCGGUUGAACGAGUACACAUGCACAAGUGGGAGUUUCCAAUUUCAAUGUUUAGUAGAAAUCACGGCACUAGGACGAGGGAGCGUACAACUGUAAAAAAAUGGCCAGGGACGAACCGGUGUUCAUGGGAAUUAUAGCAUCAUUAUUUUUCAUAUGCUCUUCACAGAUUUCAAGGAACGUAGUGGUGACUAUAGUUAUAGCGUCAUUCAUUAUUCCAGUAUCGCAGGUAGCGCCAUUCAUUAGUUCAGCAUCGCAGGCCACGUGCACAGAACUUCGCCCUUACAUCACAAAAGGGAACCUUACAUGUUUUGCAUGUCCACCAGGGUUUUACCUCUAUGGACAUUCCACCACAAAUAACACCAUAGCAGUCUGUAGGGUGUGUCCACAGGGUUAUUACUCUGGUGUCUCCGGUGUCCAUACCAGGUGUGAACGAUGUUCACCAUACUGUGAGUCAGAUAAUCUUAUAGAGGUGUCUAACUGCUCGUCAACAACCAACUUAACAUGUGACUGUCCACCAGGAAAGGUACUGAAGGAUCCACACGACAAACACCGUGCUAUAUGUUUAGAUGAAACUACAAAAAAGGGUAAUGCAUCCACACACAACCAAACCAAAGCUGAUCCUGAUUCAGACGAUUUCAGCAUAGUCAAAGAGGAUAUCAAUGACACGAAAAAAGAUGUCAAAACACUGAAGAAGAAUGUCAGGGCCAUAAAGAAAGAUGUUGGUAGACUAAAGGAGGAUGUUGGUGCCGUGAAGGAUACUCUGAACACCCUGUUAAAAGAAAUUAAUUACAUCGAAGGAGAGGCACCCGCCGAAUCCACCUCCAUCAACGUCGCUCUCCGAGGAGGGGUGCGAGGAGGGGAAAGAGAACGUGACCUACCCAACGGAACUAUCGGGGCAAGCGAUAGUCCCCGAGAGACAGCAGGAGCAGGAUCAAGAGACCCUGGAACCUGUUGUAGGGUAGGAGUUUACACAGGACAGCAGAAGUUACUGGUAGACUCAAAUUCCAAAAUAGGAGCUCGAGCCAACGCAGCACGACCAGCAGCCCUAGCAUCACGCGGUCUCUGCCUGACAGAACCGGCAGCAGAAGCUGGGCGGGAGCGCGAACGCUUACGCGAACGGCUCGGUGGCGGAUGUAGGGGGGGACCCAUCGCCGCAGGCAAGAAGGCGGGGGGUGGGGGGGCAUAUCCAGGCUGGAAACCCAUACCACCCUGGGGUGGAGGGGGAGCGGCCGGAAAAGCCCCCUGCUGGGAGAAACCCCAAGACUGCCCAUAG